AUGCCUGGUGCACAAAAAGGGGAAUGUUUGGAAGAUGUGGACCCAAUGCCCUGCUUGGCUCCUCUCGAGAAGGAGAGGAUUGAAGCCAUGAACAAGCCCUACGACAUCAAGAGGUCCUGCUUGGUCAAAGACGAGAAGGAGGACUUCAUUGCUGGGGAGAUCCAGUCUGAACAGGGCGACCAGGUCACUGUAAAGACGGUCACCAACCAGGCGCUCACCUUGAAGAGGGAUGAUGUCCAGCAGAUGAACCCUCCCAAAUUCUACCAGGCCGGUGACAUGGCAGACAUGACCUUCUUGAACGAGGCCAGCAUCUUGAACAAUCUACGCCAACGCUACACCAGCAUGAGGAUCUAUACCUACUCAGGCUUGUUCUGCGUGACGGUCAACCCCUACAAAUGGCUGCCCAUCAAUGCGGCCCGUGUGGCCAACAUGUACAAGGGCAAGAAGCAUACAGAGAUGCCACCCCACCUCUUCUCCAUCUCUGACAACGCCUACCAUGAUAUGCUCAUGGAUCGUGAAAAUCAGUCUAUGCUAAUCACUGGAGAAUCUGGUGCUGGCAAGAUGGGGAACACAAAGAAGGUCAUUCAGUACUUUGCCAACAUUGGAGGAACUGGCAAACAGUCCGCGGAUGGGAAGGGGUCCCUGGAGGAUCAAAUCAUCCAGGCGAACCCUGUGCUGGAAGCCUUUGGGAAUGCCAAGACCACCAGGAACAACAACUCCUCUCGCUUCAUAAGUGGCAAGUGCAUCCGAAUCCUCUUUGGAACAACGGGCAAACUGGCUGAAGCUGACAUCGAGAGCUAUCUCUUAGAGAAAUCUCGGGUCUUCUCACAGCAGUCAGCCGAGAGAAGCUACCACAUUUUCUACCAGAUUCUCUCCAACAAGAAGCCUGAACUUAUUGAAAGUCUGCUGCUGGUCCCCAACCCCAAGGAGUACCACUGGGUGAGCCAAGGCGUGACCACGGUGGGCAACAUGGACGACGGGGAGGAGCUGCAGAUCACAGAUGUUGCAUUUGACGUGCUGGGCUUCACUGCCGAGGAGAAGAUUGGCGUCUGUAAGCUGACCAGGGUGGUCAUGCCCUUUGGGAACAUGAAGUUCAAGCAGAAGCCCCGAGAGGAGCAAGCUGAAGUGGAUACCACCGAGGUGGCCAACAAAGUUGCCCAUCUCAUGGGUCUCAUUUCUGGGGCGCUCCAGAAGGGCAUCACCAGACCCCAGGUCAAAGUAGGCAAUGAGUUUGUACAAAAGGGCCAGAACAUGGAGCAGUGCAACAACUCCAUUGGGGCUCUGGGCAAGGCCGUCUAUGACAAGAUGUUCAAGUGGCUGGUGGUCAGGAUUAACAAGACCUUGGACACCAAGAUGCAGAGGCAGUGCUUCACCGGGGUGCUGGACAAUGCCAGCUUUGAGAUCUUUGAGUUCAACAUCUUUGAGCAACUGUGCAUCAACUUCACCAACGAGAAGCUACAACAGUUCUUCAACCACCACAUGUUCGUGCUGGAGCAGGAGGAGUACAAGAGGGAGGGCAUCGAAUGGGUCUUCAUUGACUUUGGCCUUGACCUGCAGGCCUGUAUUGACCUCCUGGAAAAGCCCAUGGGUAUUUUCUCCAUCUUGGAGGAGCAGAACGUCUUCCCCAAAGCCACGGACGCCACGUUCAAGGCAGUCCUGUAUGAUAACUGCCUGGGCAAGUCCAGCAACUUCCUCAAGCCCAAGGGGGGCAAGGGGCACGGGGCCCACUUCGAGCUCGUCCACUACACAGGUACUGUGGGUUACAACAUCAUGGGCUGGCUGGAGAAGAACAAAGACCCCCUGAAUGAAACCGUGGUGGGCUUGUUCCAGAAAUCGACCGUCGCGAUCCUCGCCCUUCUCUUCAAAGAAGAGCAGGCUCUAACUGGAAGGAAGAAGCAGAAGAGAGGGUCCUCCUUCAUGAUAGUCUCCAACUUCUACAGGGAGCAGCUGAACAAGCUGAUGACCACCCUCCACAGCACGUCUCCCCACUUUGUCCGCUGUAUUGUCCCCCAUGAGUUCAAGCAAUCAGGCGUGGUGGAUGCCCACCUCAUCAUGCACCAGCUGGCUUGCAACAGUGUCUUGGAGGGCAUCUGUAUUUGCAGGAAGGGCUUCCCCAACAGGCUGCAGUACCCAGAGUUCAAACAGAGGUACCAAGUGCUGAACCCCAAUGUGAUUCCUCAGGGCUUUGCGGACAACAAGAAGGCCUCAGAGCUACUGCUCAAGGCCAUUGACCUGGAUGUGAACGAAUACAAAAUUUGACAUACCAAGGUGUUCUUCCAAGCGGGCAUUCUGGCCAAGCUUGAGGACAUGCGGGACGAGCGUCUGGCCAAGAUCAUGACCACAUUGCAGUGCCGCCUCCGAGGCUUCCUCAUGAGGGUCGAGUUCAAGAAGAUGCUGGAAAGAAGAAUUGGCCUGAGAGUCAUCCAGGGGAAUGUACGCAAGUUCCUGCAGCUGCGUUUCUGGGGCUGGUGGAAGCUCUUCAAUAAGGUCAAGCCGCUCCUGCAUGUGGCUCGGCAAGAGGAGGAGACGAAGGCCGAGGAGGAGGAGCUGAGGGUGGCCAUGUCCAAGACGCAGGAAUUGAUGAGUAAGGUCAAGGACCUGGAGGAGGAAACAGCCACGCUUAGCCAGGAGAAGAAUGACCUCACCAUCCAGCUGCAGGCUGUACAACAAGAGAACCUGAUGGACGCAGAGGAGCGCCUCACCCAGUUGAUGAAGACCAAGAUGGAGCUGGAGAGCCAGAUCUCCGAUAUGGGGGAGCGGCUAGAGGAACAGGAAGGCAUAUUGGCCUUGCUGAGCGCCACCAAGCACAAGCUGGAGGGGGAGAUGAGCGACCUGCAGCGCGACCUGGAGCACCUUGAGACCACACUGGCCAAGACAGAGAAGGAGAAGCAGGCCCUGGAGCAUAAGGUCCACACCCUGACCAGGGACCUCUCACUCCGUGAAGACUCCAUCGCCAAGCUCCAGAAAGAGAAGUGGGCUCUGGAGGAGCUGCACCAGAAAACCCUGGACGACCUGCAAGCUGAAGAAGACAAGGUGAACCACCUGACCAAGAACAACAGCAAGCUCAGUACUCAGAUCCACCAGCUGGAGGACAACUGGGAGCAAGAAAAGAAGAUCCGGGCGGAGGUGGAGAAGGCUCGCCAGAAAGCCGAGAGUGACUUGAAGACGACCAUCGAUAACCUCAAUGAGAUGGAGAGGUCCAAGCUGGAUCUGGAGGAGGUGGUAAAAAAGCGAGACAUGGAAAUCAAUUCUGGCAACUCUAAAUCUGAGGACAAGCAGUCUCUGAAUUCCACCCUGCAGCGGAAACUGAAGGAACACCAGGCCCGCAUCAAGGACCUGGAGAAAGAACUGGAAGCCAAGAGGGCAAUGAAAGCCAAGGUGGAAAAACAAUACAGCGACUUGUCCCGGGACCUUGAAGACCUCAGCAACAGGCUGGAGGAGGCUGGUGGAGCCACGUCUGCUCAGAUCGAGCAGAACCUCAAGCGGGAGGCCUAGCUGCUGAAGCUGUGGCGCAAGCUGGAGGAGGCGGCCCUGCAGAGCGAGGCGACGGCCUCCACACUGCGCAGAAAGCACAUGGACUCCAUGGCCACGCUGACAGAGCACGUGGAGAACCUGCAGAGGGUCAAGUCCAAGCUGGAGAAGGACAAGCAGGUCAUGAAGGCUGAGAUCGACUACCUCAACGCCAGCAUGGAGACCAUGCAGAAGUCCAGGAUGAACGCCGAGGUCCACAUCCGGAAGCUGGAAGAUAAUUUGUCGAAAGCCAACUCCAAGGUGGCUGAGCUGGAGAGAAACCAAGUGGAAAUCAAUGCUAUCAGGACCGCCUCCAAGGCUGAAAACAGUGAAGUGAGCUGGGAACAUGAAGAAUCCCAGAGCCGCCUCAACCAGACCCUGAGGAUAAAGACAUCUCUGACGUCACAAGUGGAUGAUUACAAGAGGCAGCUGGAUGAAGAGUCGAAGUCUCGCAGCACUGCCACGGUGAGUCUGGCCAACACCAAGCAUGACCUGGACCUGCUGAAGGAGCAGCUGGAGGAGGAGCAGGGCGGGAAGUCAGAGCUUCAGCGCCUCAUGUCCAAGCUCAACACGGAGGUGACCACCUGGAGGACCAAAUACAAGACUGACGCCAUCCAGAGGACCAAGGAGCUAGAGGAGACCAAGAGGAAGCUGGCUGCCAGGCUCCAGGAGGUGGAAGAGGCAGCUGAAACUGCCCAGGCCCGGGCCGCCUCCCUCAAGAAAAAUAAGCAGAGACUCCAGGCCGAAGUCGAGGACCUCACCGUCAACUUAGGGAAGGCCAAUGCUGCAGCCGCCGCCCUGGACAAGAAGCAGCUCUUCGACAAGAUGCUGGCUGAGUGGCAGCAGAAGUGUGAGGAGCUGCAGGUGGAGGUGGACAGCUCGCAGGAGUGCUGCAUGUACAUGACGGAGAGCUUCAAGAUCAAGACCACCUACGAGGAGUCCCUGGAGCACCUGGAGUCGGUCAAGAAGGAGAACAAGACCCUGCAGAGAGAGUCUGAGUAGGAGAUAAAGGACCUAAUUGAUCAGCUGGGCGAGGGAGGACGGAGUGUGCAUGAGCUGCAGAAGUUGAAGAAAAAACUGGAGAAUGAGAAGGAAGAACUCCAGGUGGCUCCGGAGGAAGCGGAGUCUUCCCUGGAGGUUGAAGACAGCAAGGUGAUUCGAAUUCAGCUGGAACUGGCUCAGGUGAAAGCUAACAUUGACCAGAGAAUCCAUGAGAAAGAAGAGGAAUUUGAAGCUACAAGGAAGAACCACCAGUGGACCAUCGAGUCCUUGCAGGCCAGCCUGGAGGCAGAGGCCAAGGGCUGGGCCGAGGCACUCCGACUCAAGAAGAAGAUGGAAACAGACUUGGAUGAGAUGGAAAUCCAGCUGGACCACGCCAACAAGAAUAACAGCGAGCUGGUGAAGACACUGAAAAGGCUGCAGCAGCAAAUCAAGGACCUGCAGGUCCAGAUGGAUGAGGACGCCUGGCAGCAUGAGGAGCUGUGGGAGCAGAAAAACUUGCAGGAGUGGCGCCUGAGCCUGCUGCAGACGGAGCUGGAGGAGGUGCGCUCCGCCCUGGAGGGCAGCGAGCGCUCACGCAAGCUGCUGGAGCAGGAGGUGGUGGAGAUCACCGGGAGGCACAACGAGCUCAAUGUCCAGAACCAAAGCCUCCUUGUGGUCAAGCGCAAGCUGGAGUCUCACAUCCAGCGCAUCUCCAACAAACAGGAGGAGCUCAUCAGUGAGUUCUGCUCAGUUGACGAGAGGGCCAAGAAAGCCAUGACAGACGCUACCCGCAUGGCAGAAGAACUCCGGCAAGAGCAGGACCACUGCAUGCACCUGGAGAAAAUCAAGAAGAACUAUGAGGCCAACAUCAAAGACUUGCAGGCCAAGAUGGAGGAGACCGAGCAGCUGGCUCUGAAAGGAGGGAAGCGUACAAUCCUGAAGCUGGAGGCCAGGAUCAAGGAAUUAGAGACAGAGCUGGACGGUGAGCAGAAACAGCACACGGAGACAGUCAAGACGCUGAGCAAGAAUGAGCGCCGCCUCAAGGAGCUGGUCUUCCAGAUGGAGGAGGACCACAAGACCAACCAGCGCAUGCAGGAGCUGGUGGAGAAGCUGCAGAACAAGCUGAAGGUCUACAAGCGGCAGAUUGAGGAGGUGGAGGAGCAGGCCAACCAGACCCUGGCAAGAUACAGGAAGACAGUGCACGAACUGGAUGAUGCUGAGGAGCGGGCAGGAACGGCAGAGACCACGCUGAACACGCUGCGCACCAGACACCGCAUGGCCAGCAAAGGCAUCACCUCUGUGGAGAUCAUCCAGGUGUCCAAGGCAGGCUCCUCCAAAACCCUUUCUGAGGAGUGA